AUGACCAACAUCUCCACAGUGAGGGAAUUCCUCCUGCUGGGAUUCUCGGAGGUCCGAGAGCUGCAACUGGUUCACGCCGCGCUGUUCCUCCUUGUCUACCUAGCAGCCCUGACUGGGAAUUUCCUCAUCGUCAUCGUCACCGCCCUCGACCGGCGCCUCCACACCCCCAUGUACUUCUUCCUCAGGAACCUGUCCGUCUUAGACCUCUGCCUUAUCUCCGUCACCGUUCCCAACUCCAUCCACAACUCUCUGACCGAGAGAAGAUCCAUCUCCCUAGUGGGCUGUGCUGUCCAGGUCUUUUCCGUGGUCUGGUUUGCCAGCUCAGACCUGUUCAUCCUCACGGUCAUGCCCUACGACCGUUAUGCGGCCAUCUGCCUUCCCCUGAGCUACGAGGUCGUCAUGGCUCGAGGAGCCUGUGGGAGGAUGGCAGCUGUCUCGUGGCUUGGUGGGGUCCUGCUUGGAAUCUUGUUUUCAGCUUCGACUUUCUCCCUGUCCUUCUGUGGGUCCAACAUCAUCCAGCAGUUUUUUUGUGACGUCCCCUCCCUACUGAAGAUCACCUGUUACGAGGAGCAUGUCGCCGUUGACAUGAGCGUCACCACCGGGAUAACAUUAGGCAUCGUCUGUUUCAUUCUCAUUAUCAUCUCGUACGUGCACAUCUUCCGGGCCGUGCUGAGGAUGUCAGCCGCCGAGAGCCGGGCCAAAGCCUUCUCCACCUGCCUGCCCCACCUCGCCGUCAUCACCGUUUUCUUCUUUGCAGGUGUAUCUGUCCACAUCAAGCCGCCCUCAGACUCCUCCUUGAUCAUGAGCCUGCUGGUGUCUGUGUUCUACGCAGUGGUACCCCCCUCGCUGAACCCCGUCAUCUACAGUCUGAGGAACCGGGACAUGAAGGCUGCCAUGGGCAGGAUC